GGGCGAUCCAGGAUGUCCAAUCAGAUCUGGGUUUACUCCCACUGGAGGAGUGCGCUCAGUCACAGCGAGCCUCAGGUUUUCAUUCCUGCUCUCCUUUUAUUUAACUUGGCCUAGUAUCAUUAGUGGGUGGUUCAUAUCACUGCACCUGCUGGGCUUGAAACAACAACAGGUUCAUGGAGCAUUAGGGGGACUAUCGUGAUAUACUGAAAUGGAUGAAGGCAGCAUCAGGAAGAGGAAGGAGUCGCAGAACGGCUCCACCGGCCACGGUGUGGUGACUAAAGACAAGAAGGCGACAGUGCUUCAACAAGAUGUUGGUCUGUUAAGUGGCAUCUGUCUGAUCGUGGGGACCAUGAUCGGCUCGGGCAUCUUCAUCUCUCCGAAGGCUGUCCUGCUGCACUCCGGAGCUGUGGGCCCCUGCCUCCUCGUCUGGGCGGCCUGCGGCGUGUUAGCCACCCUGGGAGCGCUGUGCUACGCUGAGCUCGGCACCAUGAUCACCAAAUCGGGGGCAGAGUAUUCGUAUUUAAUGGAGGCUUUCGGCUCGCUCCUAGCCUACCUUUACUCCUGGGCCACGAUCAUGGUGCUGAAGCCCUCUUCCUUCGCCAUCAUGGCUCUGAGCUUUGCAGAAUACGCCGCCGCUCCUUUCUACCCCGGCUGCACUCCUCCUCUCGUCGUCAUCAAGUGUGUGUCGGCGGCGGCCACGUUCGUGAUCGUCACCGUCAACUGUUUGAGCGUCAGAUUGUCGAGCUACAUGCAGAACUUCUUCACCGUCGCCAAACUUUUCAUCAUUCUCGUCAUAGUGGUAGCCGGCAUGGUUAUGUUGGCGCGAGGAAACACUGAGAAUCUGUCGAAUGCAUUCGAUGGCACAUCGUCGUCUGUUGGAGCAAUCGGACUUGCGUUUUAUAACGGGCUUUGGGCUUACAAUGGUUGGAAUCAACUGAAUUACAUUACAGAAGAGCUGAAAAACCCGUUCAGGAACUUGCCACUGGCCAUCAUCAUCGCCAUCCCUUUAGUAUCGGUGAGCUGCGUGUUGGUCAACGUCGCUUACUUCACUGUUAUGACGCCCGCUGAACUGCUGUUGUCUCCGGCUGUCGCCGUGACCUUCGGAGACUGAGUCCUUUACCCGCUCUCUUGGGUCGUUCCUCUCUUUGUCGUCUUCUCUACGUUCGGCGCUGCCAAUGGAAGCUUCUUCACCGCCGGCAGACUGGCCUACGUAGCUGGCCGAGAGGGUCACAUGAUUAAAAUCUUAUCCUAUAUCAGCUUGAAGCGCUACACUCCGGCGCCUGCUCUCAUAUUCAAUGGUAUGUUGGCUAUUUUCUACAUUAUCCCAGCAGACAUCAACACCCUCAUUAACUACUUCAGCUUCGCUCAGUGGGUGUUUUACGGUCUGACGGCGCUGGCUGUCAUAGUCAUGCGUUUCACCAGGAAGGAGCUCCAUCGACCAGUAAAGGUGCCAAUUGUCAUACCGGGCCUAAUGGUCCUGGUGUCCUGCUACUUAGUCCUGGCUCCCAUCAUUGAUAAGCCGGACCUGGAGUACCUCUACUGUACCAUCUUCAUCUUCAGUGGACUUCUCUUCUACUACCCUUUCGUCCACCGGAAGGUCAACUGGGCUCGCAAACUCAUGAGGCCCAUCACGAUGCAUCUCCAGCUGCUGAUGGAAGUCGUUCCUCCGGAGAAAACUGAAUGAGGAGGGACAAAAGUGACGCCCGGGUCAACUGAUGCUGCUUGUCAUGAAACGUGUCGAGGCUGGAUUUGGAGAGAGCGGGGUUGGUGCCCAGAGUGGAUCAGAGCCAAAAAUCAGAGCUCACCUCUGUUGAAUCAACACAAUCUCACAGCAGUUCAUGAAAUAGUCACAACAUGUAAUCUAUUUGAUUUGUGUACAUAGACACAAAUUUCCCUUUUUUUCGUGACGCUCCGCAAGACUUUCAACAAC